GUUGCAGUUAAGUGUUAAUUUUCUUUCAAAGCCGCAUGCUGAUAUUACCAACUAUACUAUAAACUGCAUCAUUUACAUUACAUUCAUUGUCUUUCACAAUAACAAUUAUCAUCUUCAAAGACAAUUUUUUUUAAGUCGUCUGUCAUGUUUAGUUGUUGACCCUGUGGGCACACCAACUUUGUAUGAUCCCAUCCGUACUCAACUCUCUUACUUGUUUGUUCAUACAGGAGGAGAACCUUCUGCUUCCUACUUUCCAGGUAUGGUACGGGCGGAAGGAGUACGUCUGCUGGAGCUCACAUGUCUGCAGGAAGCCUUAGGACCAUUAUUGGGAUGCCCUUGUUGUUGCUCUGGACAGCUGCAGCUGCACGAAGAUGUUCGGCGGUCCAGUGGACUGUAUUCAGCAUUGUGUUUUGCAUGCCAGGCAUGUCAUCAUCGUCUCCCUUUGCAUUCUUCAUGUCGUUCAGGUUCGCAGGGCUGGCAGGUUAAUGUGUACACACAACAGGUUAAGGCUCAGCUCGGACUCGGUGAAGAUAUGUUACGCGAUCUCUUUCGCAUUUAUCAGAUACCGUAUCGAGCACGAAAUGCGUCUGAAGACUGUUCUUCAGGUGAUACUGAUGCACUGCUUGACUGCUUCCUCGAUAGAGGUGAUGCCUUUAGAAGCUUUGUGUGCUCUCUCUGUGAUCAGACUUUUGAAUGUGUAAAAAUGUUGAAACAACACAUGGGUUUACAUACUGUGCACAGUAUAGAAUGUUUAGAUAGUGUCAACAUGAUGGGCUCUCUAGACCGAUCAAGUAAUCAACAGGAAGACGCUCUGCAUGUGCCGAUCGAAUCAAUUGUAACUGAAGCAGCUCUCAAUUUUCCGAGCCCAGAUGUAGAAAAAACCUUGCAACUUUCACCAAAGGAAGAAGUAUUCACAUCAUCAGCAUGUAAUCAGAGGUUUGAGGGGUUAGAUUUGCUUGAACAAAACCUUAAUGGAGAUAGUCUGCAUAGUACUUUUGAGUACACAGAGAGUUUUGAGGAAGCAACAAGUAAUUUCUCAGAAUCACUUAGCCAGCCAGUAAAAAGUGAACUUGCACAAAAUAGUUCCAGACCAGGCAUUUCGGGGAGCAAAUACCUUUCUUGUAAUUCAUCACCUAACAGUAGUUCAGCUGUCUCAGCUAGCCAAAAGCUUACAUGCUCUGUGCUAGAACAACAGUCCGUGUCACACAUAGAGCAGAAGAUCCCAUGUGUUGAUGUGAAUUCUUUGCAUUUAGCAAAGACAAAUCACAGUUCUGAGCAAGAAGAGAAAACUGCCUUGGAAAAUAACAUAGAUGCAAUUGUAAUAAACACAGCUCUACAAUUUCAGACCUCAACUAUUGACAAUAAUGGUAUGUUAAAUAAACAUACACAAAAUAAUACGUCAGAUUCUUCUGAGCUACAAUUGUCUACUAUAAAUACUUUAAAAAACAGUGAUUGCAAUAGCAGCAACAGCAAUGCGUUCUCAAGUUUGGAUAAUGGACAUGGUUUAAAUAGUGGAAUGGUUGAAACAGUUAAUAUCUCUGUCAACAGUUCAGUCAAAGUUGAAACUCAAGCAGUUGAAUUUAGUUCCUUAACUGAUAAACUGGGAGUCUCACCAACAGAGACUGAUAAAGGUGGUUUAGACAACUGCAGCAUUACGGAUUUUACGUGUAAAAUAUGUGGUCAGGCAUUUAAACGUGUGGGUGCACUGAAGCAACACAUGGUACAACAUAAUAGUGGUGGAAGAUAUGUGUGUAGUGAAUGCUCUUCUACUUUUGAUGAUGACAUUCAAUUAAAAAAACAUGUAGGUGAAAUCCAUGCCAAAAGUAAAUACAGUUGUUCAGUUUGUGGGAAAAUCUUCAAAAAAGCCUUCAACCUUGUGCAGCAUGCAAGAACCCAUACAGGUGAGAAACCAUUCUUAUGUGCUACCUGUGGAAAGUCAUUCAGUGAUGCUUCUACAUUCAACAAGCAUCAGAAAACUCUACAUAGUGGUGAACGGAUGCUGAAAUGUCCCACUUGUGGAAAAUGUUUCUAUCACGCAGGUCACUUGAGAGUACACAUGCGCCAGCACACUGGAGAACGGCCGUAUUUGUGUCAGCUGUGUGGUAAAUCCUAUGCAUACCCAGACAGUGUAAAGAAGCACAUGAAGAUUCACUUAGAUGAGAGGAACUUGUCAUGCACUACCUGUGGUCGAAGUUUUCGAUGGAGAGAAAGUCUCAAGCAGCACCUUAAGACACAUCAGCAACAGUCAACAUCUGGUGCUUGGAUGACAGAAGAAAUACAAAGGUCCAACCAUGAGGACAACAUCAUCACUUCAACUCCAACAGAAAGAAGUGCUGUGUGUCAUGAAAAUAUAAGUUCGGUGGCAAGGGAUAUGUCAUUUCUAGAGUCUGUGAGGGAUACUUACUUUUAAGGACAUGUGUGAGAUAUACCUGUACAUGCUUCUAGUGUAACGUGAAAAUUUUUUACGUAGUAGAACCAAGAAAGACAGACAAGUAUUAGCUUGGCCUUGUAACCUUUCAUUGUAAUUCUCACUUUUUAUUCCAGAAAUAUUGAUUUACUUUCAGUUGACGUACCUUACAGAUAAUAAGGGACCAACAUUCUUGCCAGUAUCCUGAGAGACCUUGGCAUGUUUACUGUGUGGUACAAUCAUCAGAGUUCAAUCAUCAGAGUUGAAUUUUAUAUUUACAGAUGAGCAGAAUGUUGAACUUGGGCUUAUAAAUAUGCCUUACAGGCAUUGCAGCUUUCAUAUUACUGAGCACAAAGUUUUUGGUAUUUCAUUUGAAGACUACAGGGGAAGGAGGAAUUAACUCCAUUUUCUAGAUUUUUUUCAGGGGCGCAGUUUUAAAGUUUGGAACUUCACAGUUACAGUGUUUAUUGAAAUAUGCUGUUGUAAUUUAUAAGGUGCAUUGAAUGACCGUUCUUUAGUUUUCCGUAAAAGAGUUAAAAAAUAUUUUUAAAAAUUUGACCCUAUGUGUCUUAUUUGUUUGAAUGCUAUUUUUCAGUUUCUUAGUAUAGUUGUCAAAUCAGAUUAUGAAAUUUAGAAACUAAUGGGAUAUUAAGAUCAUGUUUCACUAUAUAACCUCUAUGUAAAUCCCACGACAAAAUUCUAUUCAUCUAUGAUUCUAGUCAUCUGUCACACAGGGUUUUAGGAAUAAUAUUGUUUAUAGAUUUUCUGUUUUUAUUUUGAAUGAACUUGAGUAAAUUAUAAAGAUUAAUAAGUCAGUGUGAAUUGUGUUUUAUUCAUCUCAUGACGUACAUUUGGUUUGUGUACAGGAGAUAUGUCAAAAAUUUAUAAUACAGUUACAGUGAUUUUUACAUUAAUAAAUAAUAGCACUACAAUAAAUAAUAACAUUAUAAUGAUAUUUCUUGGAAUAUGUAACACAUUGUAUCCAGCUCAAAUUUCCAGUUUGUCCUGCAUGAAUUCAUCCACUGAGUAAUAACACUUCAAUGUCAGUACCUCAUAUAGCUUUCUUUUAAGUAAACCUAAAUUCAUCUGCAUCAACUUAUUCCCUUUUAUUACAAAUUUUCAUUCCCAUAUCUUGAGGUCCCUGGGCAUAUAGUUUGAGGCAGUGGGUGGGGAGCGUAAAAUUUUCUUCAUUUCUAGUAUCAUGUGAAUGGACAAAAUUGUUUCCUCAAAUAAUUCAUGUCUGGCGUACAAAAAUAUAAUAGGAUGGCAGAGUUAGUAUUUUAAGUUUUCUAAAUAAUGGUCGACAUGGUUCUUUGUGAUUUGCAGUGCACAUAUUUCGAAUGAUUUUUUUCUGUAUUUUUAGUAUCCGCACUAUGUUUGUCAAGUUACCCCAAAAAACAAUACCAUACCUAAUAAUGGAUUUGAAGUAGCUUUUAUAUGCUACUUUUCGUGUGUCCAUGUCAGUUGUGUUGAUAAUAUUUGCAUUGCAAAUGCAAAGCUGCUCAGUUUGUUUGCCAGGUAUUCAAUGUGUGCUUGCCAGUACAAGUUUUUAUAUACAUUUAAACCUAAGAAUUUGAUUGAGUCAGCUUCUUCUAUAUCUUGGUUGUUAUGUACAAUUUGCUCACAUUUUGGCUGUUUGGUUUUGAACUGCAUCACGUGAGUCUUAUUAGACAUGUGUAGAUUCAACUUGAUUUAGCUGAAACCAAGUUUCUAAGUUACUGAGGGUACUGAUCACAGAUUUGGGAAUUUUUUCCGAAUCCUGAUCUUCAGGACUGGGCCUAAUAUGGAGCCUGGUGGAACACCCUGAGAUAUUUUUUACCACUCAAAUACUUUAGUGUUUCAACUUUUGUAUCCUUAUUAAAUCGCCUUGUGUAUUACUUCCAAAAA